AGCAUCAGCGAUGGCCCUGGUGGGAGCAAGACUGGUCAAGCCACCCGCCGCCGAAUCCUCCACGUCGCCGAAACGUCGCACCACCGGAAGUGAUGACCGACCCGCUGGGAGCACUUUGGGAGUCUGCUGGCUACCCCAGCUGUGAAGAGGACCUUGCCGCCAUGAGGCUGAAGCUGAAUGUUCCACUCCCGGAAGAGAAGUGCCUCUUGCGCAGCCGCCACGUCAGCCCUCGAUAUGAGGACCGACUGAGGUCCUACAGAGGCCUGUCAGAGCGCAAGUCUCCGCCGAAAAACUUCUUAUUCCGAACUUCAGCAUGGCCUCCGGAGCGCGGCACCGCCUGCGACUUGGGCUCGCCGGACGCCGACAGCGUCCGUGCCAUGUCGCUCUCGUCGUCUGAGCCGGAGGACAGGGACCUCUCGGACAACGACGAGGAAGAAGAGUUCGAGGACACAAGUCCGCUGCUGGCCGCCGCCAAGGCCAACAUACUGGCCGGUGACGACUACGGCUCGGGCUCGGAAAACUCUUCCGCCGCGUCGUCCUCUUCGGACGAAGAAGAGUCGUCCGAGGACAGUGGCCUCACCGCGAUGAGCGAUCGGACGCUUCUGAACAAGAGAAUCGAGCCCAACAACAACUUCAUCGACUCGGUGCUUCUGGGAAGUGCGGACACUCACUUCGUCGGCGGCCACGACGAAGUGACCACGAACUUCGUCACGGCCGAACCUGUGACCGCGCUCAUGGCCAACGUGCUGACGCUGAACGUGGGCUCCUCGCCCACGUCUGGCGACUACAAUGACUUCAGUCCCAUGAGCGAAGGGAGCACGGCGUCCCUGGCGUCGUCGCUCACGUCAUCGUCCAUGAUCGGCAUGGCGUCGAUGACGUCAUCGACCAUGUCCGUGGACUUGGUGAGCAACGCCAACGCCUUCAGGGACGUCGCCUGGAUGCCCGAGGACGGCUUCGUGAUGGACAAGCUGAAGAAGACGGACGCCAACGUGCGCGAACGUGCGGCCGUGGAGGAGUUUGGUGACCUCAAGAUGGUCAACGGCGGAGACGCGUUCUGCUCGGAGGCGUUGACGCCAGAGGCCGAGGAGUUCUCGAGCCGAAGCAGGAGGAAAGCGUACCGCGACGAGGGCGUCAGGCUCCUGCCGGACGUGCUGCCUCCAUUGAAGAUACUGGAAGAGUGCGAGAACGUGUUGAACUCCGCGGCGGUCACCAAGGCCGAGAUCGAUCAGCAGAACGCUUCUCGGCGCAAGCAUCUCCUGGAAGGCGGUGGUGGCGCCGAUAAGCUUCCCUCUUACGGCGUAGCGCCAGACGAUGACCCCUUGGUUUCGGAAGACGUGUCCAGGUGGGCGCUACCGGAGAACGUGGCCAAGAUUUUCGACAAGGCCGAGCUACGCGAGGCGACCACGUCCGCCGCGUCUCUCCUCAACUUCACGCCCGAGAAGGUACGCCGUUCGCGGCUCUCGCUGGCCCCGACACCGUCGGCCCCGACGGGAGCACCUUCGAGGCACGCCGAGGGCCGCCAGCAGGCCUCGCGGUCCACCGGCACAAGCUCGGCAGCCAACGCGGAGCGCCGUCGGGGCCGGGCGUCUUUGUCGCCCGAGCGGUGCGGCGACUUCGACGUGUACAACAUCGAGACGAGCAUGCCCACCAUCGACUGGGAGGCCAUGGAGAGGCACUUGAGCCGAGCCGCCAAGGAGGAUGACUGGCUCGCCAGGAGACGCAAUGACCGUGAGGCGAUUCGACAGAAGUUGGCCAUGGACACAGAUGUGGAGGAGUCCUUUGGUAUUGAGCGCACCAAUCGCAAACCAAGUCUUGCUGUGAGGCUACAAGAAAGCAAGAACCUGCAGAUCUGCUUCAUGAAUGAAACUGCUGCCGAACUGGACUCCUUAGAGCUCUCUGGGGCCGCUGCACAGUCCCAGAAAGACAACAGCACUCAACAGGCCACAAGUCAGCAAGGGAACGCCAACACUUCUUCUGUCGGGCUCCCCAAUGGACUUCUGAAUGCAAGCUCUGACGUCUCCCUGCUGCAGACCAGCACGAAGCCAGCCCAGUGCACGAGCCCUCCAGUCAGGCGUGGCUCACACGAGGAGGCUGCUCCCAAGCGGCCAUCGUUCUUCUUCAACCGACGCAAGAGCUGGCGUCAAAAGAAGGCUGAUGGCAGUGGCGAGGUCAAGAAAGAAGCCUCUUCUGAGUCCUGGAACGGCGAAGACUUCGCCACUCGCCAGGCACGGCUUCAGGCGGAAGCGAGAGCGGCGCUGGCACAAGCCAAGGAGAUGGCACGCAUGCAGAUGGAAGUGGAGCGACAGCAGAAGAAGAAGUCGCCCAUUGCCGACAUUGUUGGCAUUUCUUUUCCUGACAGCCGCCACCGGCUAAGCCGACAGAUGCUGAAUGACAUGAACGUGGCACAGCUGCAAGUAAUUGUCAACGACCUCCACUCACAAAUUGAAAGUCACAAUGAAGAUCUGGUCAAGUUUUUGCUGGAGAGAGACGAUCUUCACAUGGAGCAGGACUCCAUGCUUGUUGAUAUUGAAGACAUGACAAGAUACUUGGGAGCCAAAAACAUGAGUGCAUCUCGUGAUGGCUCGUCAGUGUCCCUGUCUAAUCCGGCAAAGACAAUCCCAUCGAAAUGAAGAGAGACACACCUUCAGCUCUGAAGGGUGCCAAGAGGCAUGCCUACAUUGUGUUCUCUGUAAUCUAUGUUUUUUACUUUAUUUAGCAAGCUCUCUUCCUUCCUUCUAUUCUUGACCCAAGUCACAGAAGGCAGUUACUGAGACUUCAACAAAACUCAAGACCUCGCAGAGAGCUGGUACUUUCCUGAUGUCCUUACUACACCCAGCUAUGCGUUUGCUGUUUUUAGGUUCACUGUCUCGAAUAUUGUGCGAUUUGAGGCGGGUUUUCGUUGUUUGUUGUCAUACCUGUGAGGCAGAGCCGACAGUACUUGACUAGGAAGAAUGUUAUGUUAGCAUCCUUGCUCUUUGGUGCCAUGUUUUUUCUAUGCUAAUGCCGCUCUACAACAGUGCCAGGCAUUAGACAUUAGUUCUGCGUAAACAGCAGUCCUUACUCAUUUUUUGUUGGAUGUUUCCAGGUGCUUAACACAACUCUCUUGAAACUUGUUUCCGUUUUUUUUCAUUGAGGAACGCUUUAUUGUAAAUUGCUCUCUGCAAGUUCCAAGGGAUAGUGUAAGUUAGUACUCUACAUCUUUGGUUACUGUUCUGCUCUCCAUGUGCAAUUUGUGUGAACACGCACUGAAAGCAGUGCUUCUCAGUGAGCUACCAGUGUAUUGAGAAGUAACACUUGAUGUGACCAGGUCAGGUCCUUAGUGGCAGACCCUACGUAAACCUUUUUUAAUUUAACGGAGGAGAUCGUGCCAUACUACUAACUUUGUGCCCAUAAUGAGGACCACUCUUGGCAAGCAAGGGAAUGUGCUACACUGGGCUCGUUUUCCUGAAGUCCCCCUUUCACCUCGUAAUGUACAUAGAUUUGCUGUUAUAAUGUAUCCUUUUUUUUUUCCAGCAGUCCUAAGUGUCAGUGACUUCGUGAUAUUUUCUGUUGCGUGAAAUGCUUCUUAAAGGGGUCAAACCUGAAACACAUUUCCAUGCCAACUUGCUACCACUAAGCGCGAACGGGAAGUCUAUGGGGUCAGCAAUGUUGCUAUUUCAACUCUUCCGUGAUCCAUAUGAACAGUAAAUGUGACAGCUUGUGGACGAGGACACAAGAGUGAUGUGAGACACAUGAGUUGAGAGUUAGCACCAAGUUUGUCUUUGUUUGUAGCACUGUAUAUUUACUGCUCAUACAUGCAGGUUUGUCAUGAGGUACGGCAAAGGUAUCCUUUCUCUGUAAAAGGGAAUGAAAGGAAUGUACAUCAUAGACUGCUAUGGUGUCUGUGUGGUAAAAGCAGACUGAGUGAUUCUUGAUAACUUGCCAUUCUUUGAUCCUUUACAGCUUAGCAGCCAUGACAUACAUUUGAAGCAUUUCUCUAAAACCUUAUAGCUUCUGGAAAAAUGUUUCAGGGUCCCAUUAACUAUGUUAUUGCAUACUGCAAAAGGUAUGCCUAUAAGUGGCUUUUGUUGUGAAUGUUUGAUUUCAUUUGUUAGUGUUUUUCUCUGUUUCUUCUUUCUUUUUUUGCUGUCAGAGCUACUCAUUUCCAUAUUUUAAAAGCACUUUGUUACCAUCUCAUUACAUUCAUAAUGCUCGAAUCGCAAGCACAUCGUAUUGACUGCACUGUUCUGGCAUUACAGUAGACUCUUCAUAAAGCAAAGAUCAAGCAUGUUUGAAAAUCUAUUGUUUGAAAAGCUGAUGACUGUUCUUGAAUUGUCUAGCUUUUCAGCUCUUAGCAGGUUUUGUCUUGUAGUGACAUACAUUGAAUGCCCUACUGCAUGAUUGUGCUUACUGAGGAAGAAAGUAGGCAACUCUGAAAAGUGGCAUUAGUCUUUUUCAUUUUCACAUAGUUCAAUUGAUUUAUGCACACAUCCUCUGUAUGAACUCAUUAAACGUCCUUCUUUAUGGUUCUUGCAACGUCUCAUUACAAAUGCCCAAGGUUUGAGAACUGUUGCAUAGCAGUACUACAAGAGAAAGCUUGCUUGGACUUGUUUAAGUAUACAAGUCAUCUUUGCUUGCUGAAGGAGGACUGCUUUGCUUGUUACAAAGGUUAUAGAGCCUGUAGUGGAAAGCAUUUUUGGGUGUCAAAACUGCGCAGACUUUCAACUUAUUCAAAAUGGAUGCUACUGGCAGUGUAACGAGUUUCCAUUUUAUUUUAAGUUCAUGCUCGCCUCUGUUUUAGAACACUGCCCUGUAUUAUGCCACACUUGAUUCUAUGGAUGUUAACGUAACUCCAAGGCACAACUGAAGACUGUAAUCUCUGUGUAUAAUGUGUUGUUGCUUCUGGUUUACGACAUUUCUUGUAGUCGCAUAUUACUCACGCUAUACUGCUAGACUUGUUAUUUACACGCUUGUUCCAGAUAUUGUCUGGAAGUAGGUUGCAGGCACACUGUAUUUAUCGACUGCUGUCUGCACUGAAAGCCAGGCUAGGACGUUUAACCUCUGUUGUACAGUACGUGUAUUCGGAGUUAUCCUGUAAUAUUCGGCAUAUUUUAGUGAAGUCCUUGUACAGCAUGUACACUUGGGAGCUAUUGUGCAAGCUUCAGCAUAUUUUAGCAGCCUGAACGUUUGAUUUGGUAGCGCUGGAAAAUGCCACAGAAACGUGCAUAAUUUUCUGUAGACUGUGUAUACCCUAUUUUUAUGUCAUGUUUGUCUGCACCCUUGAAGUGAAAGCUCGGUUUCACAAGUGUGAGCAGCUCCUUUGAAAGUGUAGCAAAUAGAUUGAAUCUCGACACCUUUUGGAGCGUACAGAAAACAGUUGAGUGUGUGCCUCCGAUAUUGGUAAACUGAUGCAAUGACUUGCAAAGAACUUAUAUGACUCGGGUUGCGACACUUAUCAACUACAUACAUUUUCAUUCUCCCUUUACAUUUUGUCUGGUCAUAACGAAUACUGUCUAUACAGGCACUAAGUAACAGUGAAAGCCAGUUUUCACUUGUGGAGGAAUACCUGUGGUAGUAUAGCACAUUUGAAACUCGUGCACCAAGUCUUUUCUACACUAUACUUCACGUGCACAUAGCCUUCUUCAUAAAGAAGCUUCUUCCGUUGCAUCUGGGUUAGGGCUCUCGAGAAAGUGGACUACACGUCAAAGAAACACACAAAGCAACUCGAAAAGCCCAAGUGGAAAUGUGGCCACCUAUUCUGGUCUGUAUGUCAAAUUUCUACACUAGCGAGACAAGAAAUGUCGCUACCAGCGACUACUAGUGCAUUCUCUGAACGAAACUCACUAACAAGACAAGUAAAACAUAAGGUGAUGAGGCGUUUCUUCUUGUAUGCCUCCUAAUCUCUGCACAGUGCUCGCCUAUCAAAUAAGCUGCGACGUGCUGACAGGGCGCUCACAGGAUAAUCUACGAGACUGCUGCUUUUAUUUUAACACUCGUGUUCGUGUCUACAGGUGUACAGAGAAGUAGCCUGCUGCAACAAUACUUGCGCCACUUGUGUGUGUGUAUGAGGCUUCUCCUUCUGUACCAGUGGCAUGCUUUUGCGUACUCCACACUUCUUAGUGCCAUUUGUGAAAGCACAGCCCUGCUGCUUGCGCUGCUGUGUGACACAUCGUUUGUACACGUUUAAUACUUCUUGUACUCGUUCCCACUGGGAUGCUUUCUCCUUUUUGUGUGCUUGCUGAACGUACUGUCGUGGACGGGUGUGUGCUGCUGUGUGGACAACGUAGAAGAGGGCACUUGUCUAGUUUCCAAAAGGCGUUAUGUGUUGAGUCAAUGACCGCCGUUCAGUUUUUAUGAGCGUUAUGUUAAUUUGCUUGUUCGCUGCUUUGUUUUCUUGAAUGGGCAUUGGAUCUUUGCAUGACAGAUGUGCUUCACUUUUAUGUGCACACAACUUGUGGGUGUUUACACUUAAGAAAAGAUUGUCACAUAAGUAUACAUGAAAAAAGCGUGUAGUGUACGCGGUGUCUUUGUAUCAUGCAAGUGAAAUUAUUUUAUCCUCCGCUGCUAGUUCAGCUGAAGAGGUAAUUGGCAUCUGCCAUGUCACUGCAAGUUCUGCACUGGAAGUGUAGCCACCUGUCUAUGCGUGCUUAAAGAAUGCCUGUGUUUUGAAUACUUUGCAGGUUUGUCGCAUUAGUGUUGCGGCACGAAGUCGUCAGUGAAGGCAACAGUUGUGCCAUUCUUCGUUCCACAUUUUGUGAGUUGUUUCAGUGGCAUUGGGGGAAUGUUUUCAGUGUGCAGUCAUUGUGUUCACCUGUACUUGAUUUCUAUUUAUUAUUAAGCCAAGUGAGCGGACCACUCAUGAAAGGGUCCAUAUUCCUUUUGAAUGCUGUCGUCUAUGUAGUUUGUAUAUGGCUAGGGAAAAAGAGCGAGAGUGUUUCUGCCGCAGGUUCAUUUUCAUGCAGUGAUGUAUGCCUACGGACAAGAAAGAGCUUUGUUAGUGUGCCUGCCCUGUGGCCUGUGCACAUGUAUGGCGGCCUAAAAGCUGUGAAUUCAAUAAACGUACCUUUAAUUUAGGA